ACUGCGAUGCAGCCCUGGCUUAUUUGGGGAAAAAAAAUUAAGAGGGAGCAGCAGUGAAGACGGGUGAUAAAUUAAUUAGCCACUGCUUACACAUAACCCAGGGUGCGGAAACCUGAAGCUAGCUCUCAAGAACACCCUCCACCACUGCUAGACUCCCGGUUGCCACUUAGAUCAAGAUUCUGCUGCUACCUUUAAGGCAACGACGAUGGCGGAACUGGUAAGGGACUGGCUGGCGGACUAUCAGCGGACGCGAACUCAACCAGCCGAAGCGGAGGCGUUUGUUGUGGAGCACGAAACGGACCCAGAGAUCGCAGAGGCCAUCUUUACCAUCUUCAAUGAGCGGCAACGCAACGAGUCUCUUGUCCACGACAUUUGCCAGCAGCUCCUGGCCUUCUACCGCUCGCCUGAACUGACACUGCACAAGUUCCCACUGCAGUUCAUCCCCGUGCUCGUCUACACGUACAUGCAUUCGGUGGCCGCCGGCGAUAAGAAAGCCGCGCGUGGCGUGGAGACUCUACUCAUCUGCAUUUACAAUGGCGAAGUGUCCACCGACGACGGCGGCCAACGGAUAGUGGCUUUCCGCAUGCCCAUCCUGGCCCAGACGUCUGUCUAUCACGAGGUAAAAAAUCUUCCCAUGACGGAUUUGCGCCGCUGGGAAGAGAACUGCAACCGGGAAGUUAAAUGGGGGCCGCAUCAGCGAAUUGAGUCGAUCCAUGCACAGAACCGUAUGCGCAUCCUUACGGCCCUGCUGUUUUGCUACAACCAACAGGUUAGCCAGACGCAAAAAUCGUCGCUGCUCCACUUGUGCCGGGCAACGUCUCAGCUGGUGAAUCAGGGAUUUACCACGAAGUCGGGGCACGGUCAUCGCAUGAGCUAUGGCUCGGAUCCCGCGACAGGAACGAACUUUCCCAAGCCCUCCUCACCACGCAUUCCACUUUCCGCAUCCUUCCUGAUUGAAUUGGUGCAUGCAAUUUAUUUCGCCAUGUUCAAUGGUUAUGGCACGAUAGCCAUUCAGACGCUGGACGACAUCCACAACCGGGCCAUCUACGAAAUGUACUCGGAGCUGAUCCUGGUGACCAGCGCAGUGCGCAACUCGCUGCACGCCAAUCCAUCUGGGCAACCCAACGACGGACCCAUGGGACUGAGUGUGGCCCUAACACCGUCCACAAAUACGGUGACCACGUCGGUGUCUAAGUCCAUGAUCACUAACGCCUCCUUCCGCACGAAAAAAUUGCCGGAUGACAUACCUAUUCAGGUGCAGGAUCUAACCAUGCAGCAGGCGCCGCAGCAGCUGGCCAGCGUGACUGAGGAGGCGGAACCAGGCUCGAAGGAGUCGCCUUCAACGAAGGAGAGCUCCGGCACUCGCACCUCGAUAAUGCGUCCCAGCAUGGAAGGCAUCAAGGCGCAGGCACACAAGGCACUAAUUGCGGGCUUUAAGAAGUCCAAGGACAAGGAGAAAGAGAAGGAUAAGGAGCCGCCAAAGCCACCGCAACGUAAGUUUGACAAGCACACGCAACGCAACUCGCUGCUUCAGCUGCAGGCGGAUCCCAUCUCGAAUCCGAGUGCAGACCAGCCACCCACCGGCGAAGUUCUGCCGCUGCAGACGCUCUCGCUGAUCAACGAAAAUGGCAGCAACAGCUUCAGCGUGGACAGCGACCUGAACGAUGGCGUGCUGGGCGCGAACGCCAACACAUCCCUGCCUCCGCUGAGCAGCACCACCAACUCGGUGACCAGCAGCGACCUGCUCACCAAGAGCUUCGACUCCAGCAUCGAACUGGCGCCGAUGGGACACAGCAGCAGCAACGGCGGCAAGCUGGCCGAGCACGGCUUGGCGGAGUAGUGCAAUUGAUCGUCUCGUUCCAAAGGCGAUUAGCCAAAUCCAAGUAUCAAGUAUAUAUAUUUACAACCAUAGCUGGGGUGAGUGGGUUUCGAUUGAAAAAAAAUAUGAAAAUGAUAAAUUGUGAUUGGCAUUUUGUAAUCCGUGGAUAAUUUCAUUAGUAAUUUUGAAGAGUCAUAACAAUGUUUAACAUUAAAAAUAAUUCGUUUUUUUUUCUUCCCUAAUAUUAAAGACAAAAGCAAAUUUUCUGAUCAGCUGCAACUAUAACCCUUGCAUUCUGAUCAGAUCUUAAACGUCGGAAUUAUCCAAAGAUUAACUGCCGUCACAAUAAUGUCUUCAUAUACUAAAAAUCCACCUGCCCUCCUAUAUAUAUUCGCCACCUACCGCUGUGUAUUAGCCGAAGAACCCGUGGCGCGAGGAGACAUUUGAAUUUAUGGAUUAAGGAUCGUUUGAAUUUGUUGAAUUUGAUGGGUUUUCUUAGUUGUUCGUAUUUUUCAUCGUAUUCCAAAGCCAAUUGUUGGUUAGAAUAAGUGUUGCUAGGACGUCACAAGAGUUUAUAUACAUAAUGUAUACACACGGAGCCCUCGGUAGACAUCGUUUGCAAAUGCCUCAAUCAGGGGGAGAUUAUGUUCCGAUUUCGGGGAACAGAACGUACACAUUUCGGCGCAUUUCACUUGUUUUAGGUAAGCAGCAUGACGCUGACAUAUUCGAUACCUACUAAUCGCUCAGCCAGAGUUGGGUCCAGGCAAUUUCAAUUGAAUUCUACAGGAAACCUUUUAGUUCUGUCACUUAUUAGCAUAUACAUGUGUAAACUAAUAUAUACAUACAAAUAUUUAUUGAACGUUGACUUGAACCAUGUUAUUGAUUUAAAAUAAAUACAACAACUAAAUACGUAACCAA